AGCCCACCCUCCCAAUUUAUAACCACACCCAUAAACAAAACCCACCCUCCCAAUUUGUAAACACACUCACAAACAAACCUGUUAAGCCCAAUGCCUCUCUCUCCCUUCCUCUCAAACCCACAAAAAAAACAAACAAUAAUGGCUCCUCCUCCUCUGCCUCGCCCACUUCUCCUCUGUUUUCUCAUCCUCCUCUGCCUCACCAUCCCCGCCUUAGCCCACAGUGGCCACCCCGACGAAAACGACAACGAACCCGCCACAGACAACAUCGAACCCGCCACAGACCUUCGUUCAAAGCCUCUGAUACUGGCCAAGAUUUGGUGCCUGAUUAUAAUCUUUGUUGCGACCUUCAUACCUGGAGUUUCGCCUUGCUUUUUCAAGUGGUCUGAAUGGUUCUUGGUUUUGGGUACGCAGUUUGCUGGGGGUGUGUUUCUGGGUACGGCUCUGAUGCACUUUCUGAGUGAUGCCGAUGAGACUUUCAAGGACUUGACUAAAAAAGAGUACCCUUUUGCAUUUAUGUUGGCUUGUGGGGGGUUCUUGCUCACCAUGCUUGCUGAUUGUGUGAUUUCGUAUGUUUUGGAGAAGAACAAAGGUGGCGGGUCUGCUCCCGAUCUUGAGCUGCAAGGUAAGGACAAGGCAAAUGUAAGGCAAGGUUUGACCUCACUUGGGGAUAGCAUCUUGUUGAUUGUAGCAUUGUGUUUCCACUCUGUCUUUGAGGGCAUUGCAAUUGGAGUCGCUAACACUAAAGCCGAUGCUUGGAAAGCCUUAUGGACAAUUUCUUUGCACAAGGUAUUUGCAGCCAUUGCCAUGGGCAUAGCUCUCCUUCGAAUGAUGCCUAACCGUCCCUUCUUAUCGUGUGCUGUCUAUGCUUUUGCAUUUGCUAUAUCAAGUCCUAUCGGUGUGGCCAUCGGAAUCCUAAUAGAUGCGACAACCCAAGGAGCUGUGGCAGAUUGGAUAUUCGCGAUUUCAAUGGGUAUAGCAUGUGGAGUGUUCAUCUAUGUAGCAGUAAACCAUCUAUUGGCGAAAGGUUAUAAACCCAACAAAGCAGUUUCCAUCGACAAACCCCAUUACAAGUUUUUGGCAGUUUUGUUGGGUGUCGGGGUAAUAGCUGUCGUGAUGAUUUGGGACACUUGAAGCCAUGCCAAAGAUUGUUCCUGCACGAUUUGUUAGUGGAAUACUGCAUUUUGAAGCAUAGAUAGUAGCAAAGCAAGUGUGAUAGAUUAUAGAUACCUGAUUUUUUUUUUGCCUAAUGUUUUGCUAUCGUAAGUUAUUAGUUAAAGUUGUAGGGCUCUUAAAAGAUCUCCAAGAAUGCUUAUUUGUAACAUAGUCAAAUUCUUACGCUGUUUACGCAUC